AUGGAACAAAAGCUGAACUUUGAGUUUCGAAGCUUUUUGCUUCAACUUGGAAAGGAAUUGAAGUCACAAGACCUUGAACAUUUAAAGUUUAUUUUGACGCCUUACGUCUCAUCCGCUGAGUGCGAUAAAAUGUCAUUUUGUUCGUAUUUUGAGGAAUUGAAAAGAAGGUGUCAUCUCAGUCGAACUAAUUUUGGUGUCUUGAAAAAUGGUCUCAACGAAAUAGGGCGAGAAGAUCUUGUGGAAAAAAUAGUACUUAAAGAACAGUACUUUUCAGAGAUUUCCAAUCAAAUUGGUGCACCGAACUUGGGAACUAAUGUUUCUGAUAUGGAGUUUGAUGGCACUGCAAACAGAAGAAGCAGUGGAAAGAACAGUCCUGAUUCCCCACCGGAGAUUAUUUCCCGAGGUCCAUCAGCAGUUUUAGCCUAUAAUAAAGCCCUUUCAGAGGGGAAAACCAUUGUAAAAAGAGUGCCUAUCAUGUUCAUUGGACAAGGUCAGUCGGGAAAAACAAGUUUAAAGAGGUCAUUAAAAGGAGAACGUUUCAACCCAGAAGAAAGUAUUACCAAAGGAAUAGAGAGUGACCCAUCCUACUGCAAAGUUUCCCAAGAGGUAUGGAAAAUAGGAGAAAGUGGAGAUGAAGCAACGAAUUCAGAUCCAGCACCCAUUUUCUAUGAACAAGGUGCAGCUCAAUGCAUUUUCACGAGCCUUAAAGAAGGGACAGAUUCAAAAGAAAUGAAAAAAGUUGAUGCGUCAAAUCUUGAAAGUGGGAUUGACCUUUUCGACUGGAAAGUUUUCCAAGAAGCAACAAAUUCAGUUGAAGAACGAAUAAAAUUAAAGGAGAUAAGGAAUGCUUGUACGGUUGAUGCUGUACCAGAGUUAAAAGAGGUACCGGAUAAGAUUGCUACUUUGGUUGAAAAUUUGUUUCAACUAAAAGAAGCCGAAGGUGCCCAAGAUAAAGAAGGUCUGUACUCAGUUUUGUGGGAUUUUGGUGGACAAUCUGUCUAUUACGCCACCCAUCCUUUAUUUCUCACAACAAGGGCGAUUUAUAUUUUAGUUAACAACUUAAGUCGAGAUCCAGAUAGUAAAGUCAGCCCUCAAGUGAAGCACGGAUUCUACGAGGAUAUCAAGGAUGUUUUCUGUGAAAGGAGUAACAUGGAUUACCUUGACUUGUGGAUGUCUUCUGUAUCUAGUUUGGUUCUGGAAGACGAGGACCUCCAGGAAAUGCUUACAUCUGAAGUAUUACCAGAAAGGCUUCCCCCGGUUUUCUUUGUUUGCACUCACGCUGAUAAACCUUUUCAAGGUUUAAAUCCUCAUGUGUUGGCCCGCAAGAUAUUUGGCUCACUGAAGACGCGGGUUUAUGGUAAACAUCUAGUUGAUUACUUUGUUGUAGACAACACUAAAUCUGGAGGUGAAGAAAAAUGUCCAGAAGUCAGUCGUCUGAGAAAGAAGGUAGAAACUGUUGCGAAUGAAUUACCACAAAUGAAACAGGAAAUUCCGAUCAAGUGGUUGCAGUUUGAAAUGGAAAUGAAGGAGAAGAAUCAAGAUGGCCACAAGUGGAUUUCUCUCGAUGAAGCCAAAAAUAUUGCAACCGAAAAAUGUGGUAUUUCCAGCACUGAACAAUUUGUGGCAAUGUUGAACUUCUUACACGAUCAGAGAAUUUUAGUUCAUUUUGACUACACUGAACAGCUAAGCAGAAUGGUGAUCUUGGACCCUCAAUGGUUGAUAGAUGUCUUCAAGGAGGUAAUUACCGUAAGGCCAUACCAAAGCCAAGAGAGAAAAUACGAGAAACUGUGGCUGAGGCUUGAGAGAACAGGAAUCUUGAAAGAAGAGCUCUUGCAACAUGUAUGGGGCCCCUUGUUUGAAAACCAAGAAACUUGUCACACUCUCAUUGCCUUAAUGGAGAAAUUCUGCCUGUUAUGUCCCUUGUCAUCAUCGGUUGCGACUGAUUCACCCACUGAAUAUCUUGUACCUUCCAUGUUGAAGUUCCCACCGCAGGAGGAUGUAAGGAAGCUGAUUGCCUCUGCAGGGAUCCCGCCACUUUAUCUCAAGUUCAAGUCCAGUCAAGUGCCGUGUGGACUUUUUCCUCGUGUGGUGUUGAUGGUCUUUCAGUGGUGCACAAAGGAGUUUUCCAGUCAAACACGACCUCAAUUACAUCAAAACUUUGCUAGAUUUUUCACACAUCCCGCUGAAGGUUAUUCUAUAAUCCUCCAAUGCCAUUCUUCCUUCAUUGAGGUAGUUGUUCACAAAGAAAGAUGUGCCGCUGGACUCUCAUCGGAUGUAGAAUCAGGACUGAGUUUGCCUUCAAAAUCCACAUACGACGCCUUUCAGGUGGAUUUUGCUCGUGCAGUCUGUCGACGACUAGGACUGAUUCUCGAGUGCAUGCGCAAAGAGUUUCCCUGGCUAAAGAACAUGGCAUAUGAUCUCUUAGUAUGCUGUCCAGUGUGUUGUGCAAGUCGUUCUGUGAAUCAUUGCCGCAACCAUAAUGUACUUGGUUGUAAGGAAGAGCGCUGCCUGCACCUGUUGUCAAAGUCUCAGCUCUUCGCUAGCCGUGGGUCCAUUGUAUGCACCCGGUCGGUUGUUGCCGAAAAUUGCAAGGCUCCUGUCGAUUUUGUUGGAUUCUGGUUUGGAUCUCUACAGGAACAGCAAGCCACCGACGGAUGCGACGAAAAGAGCCCCUUGCUUAGCAAUGGAGAUGCCCACAACGAUCAAGCCAUCGUCCUGUGCGGUGAGGUGCUUGAGGCCCUGACGACACAGACGUGUGAUGCAAGUGAGGUUGUGGCCCAAUUUCAUCAAAGUCUCUUGGAACAACCAGACCCUGACACUAAGAAGAAGAUCCGCUACCUUUGUUUGAAAGCUAAGACUGCGAACAAGCCAGAAGUUGUCAGAAAAUUGAGAGAAAUUACUCCCGCGGGUACAACAGGUCCUUUGUUGCCUGAAAAGUAUGACGUUGCCAUGAUUCCUCAGCGUCUGAGAAGAGAAUUAACGAUAACCCUUAGCGGUGGAGAAGAGUGGAUGUUCCUUGCGGAGAAACUGGGUUUGACUCCAGCAGAAAUCAAAUUCCUUGACAAACGAGUCUUGAAUCCAUGUGACGCCGCCCUGGUGCAUGCUCGAGAACAGCGGUUGAUAGAGUAUGUGGGAGAUCUGUAUGAUGGAUUGGUAGACUGUGGAUUCCCACUUUUAGCAGAUUUACUGUAA